UAUAUCGCAUAAAAUUGGCGUGGGGAGAAUAAGAAGCGGAUUGUUUUGAAAAUCGGUGAGCCCUAGAAGAAUUCGAGAGAGAGAGAGUGGAGUGCGAGCGUAGCAGUAAGAGUGUUUGCCGUCGGUAACUCUCGUCGAUUUCUCUUGUUCGCGUCUGCCUAAAGAUCACUUUGUUCUUGGAUUCGACUCUGUUUCGAGUUGUCUUGCUUCCGGAUCAUUGGUUGCUUCUUGAAGAUAUGUAGAUGUCUGUGUGCAUAAUUAGGCAUUAGGAGUGUUGGCUAAUCUCGUCUGCUCUUGAAAAUCAAUGUAGAAAGCUGUUUCGUGAGGGUGCCAUCUUACCGCUGAAGCAAGCUAUCGAGAUGGAUCCAUAUCUAUCACGAAACCAUAUGAAACCUGCUACCAGCACAAGCAAGGACACUGGCUUGCCUACGUCUAAUCCUCUUUGGUUCCAUUCCUACUUCCCUGUUCCAAGGACCACAGGCAUUGAUCUUUCCCAACCCCCUCAAGCAGAGCCUGCUGAACUUGCCGUGGUGCCUCAAGUUCAUUUGUUUCCUCCUCCCACAAGAGGAUACAUACACGAUGUGGAGCUGAAGUCGUCCACGAUGCUGUCUCCUUCGAAAGCGUUGAAGCCAAAACCACAAAGUAAGAAACGCUCUGCACCCAAAACCCCGAAGAAGACACUGAGCAUCCCGGAAAUAAAGCGUGAGAAAAAGAAUCCUGACAUCAACGUUGUUGACAUCUCGAGCUUCGAUGUUUCUGGUGUUCCUCCACCUGUCUGUUCCUGUACAGGCGUUCCGAAGGUUUGCUACAAAUGGGGCAUGGGCGGUUGGCAGUCCUCGUGCUGUACGAUUAGCAUAUCGACAUUCCCGCUCCCCAUGAGCACCACAAGACCUGGAACUCGUCUCGCUGGAAGGAAAAUGAGCAAUGGUGCUUAUGUCAAGCUCCUUAUGAGGCUUGCUGGUGAAGGCUAUGACUUGACUUGCCCGGUUGACCUCAGGAACCACUGGGCCAGGCACGGUACUAACAAGUUUGUGACCAUCAAGUAGUUUGUGUUAUCAGUUUAGGCUUUAGCUUUUGUGGUUUCCGUGUAUCUCCCUUUUCAGUGUUAUCUCUUUAGUACAUAUUAGUGGCUUUAAAAUCAUGAAGGAGAUUCAGUGUCUAUGAUCUAUACGACAAGACAACGUUUAGUUUUUAGAUGAAUGUUUCUUAGUACUGGUAUCAACAGUGUUCUGUGGAAUUUAUCUCUGGUGAUUGUCUUUGAUCUUA